GAUUGUCAAUUAAAUGAAUCUAAAAAAAAAAAAAACAAUAAAAGCGAAUAAAGUAAUAAAAUUCCACAAUAUCGGGUAAAUGAGUUCGUAAAUAAAUUAUGGUACCGCGAUAUGCUGUUGACUGUAUCAAAAUGCCGCAAAAACCAGAGCAAAGUAUGAGAACGAGUUGGCGAAAAGCCAUACUCUCCGUCGGCACAAUAUUGCUGCACGCGAUCGCCACAGUGACGGUGGAUGCGUCGCCUAUAGCGAUGACGACAACAGCGGCGACAGUGUUGACAACGGUGGCGGCAACACCGUCAUUGAACCCUUCAACACCAGGGUUUCUAAAACGGGGCAUCCGAGUGGGACACAAUGGCAACGCAGUUAUAAUAUGCAAAACAUUCGAUUUAUCAAACACGUGGUUUCAUGAAGUUAUAGAAAAUAAAACAAGCAAUCCGCUAAAUACUAAUGAUGAAAUUUUAAAUAAUUAUGCGGUGCUGCUCUUAAAAGGUAUUAAUCGAGACGGUGUUUACCGAUGCAUGCAAGGGGCGGAAAUUUUGAGUGAAACUAAUUUGACAAUUGCUGCACCUGGCUUAACAUCGCCGGAGAAAAUACAAAUUGGAAGCGGUGAUGACGCUGCACUUGUUUUCGUCCAUGAUAGCAACAUCAAAAACAUUAGAUAUAUCCCUCGGAUAUUACCUCAUGACUACAGCGAUUACAGAGACGAGAAAAUCAAUCAAACUGAACUUGAUGAGCAAACAACAUUACUCUUGAUAAGGAAUGCAUCAGCUAAAAAGUCUAUAUUCACAUUUGUAUACGGGGACGGUCAAAGCAGCAAUGAAUGGGAACUCGAUGUGGGAAAAGCUCCGGAGCCCGUAGAGAGUUUUCCAUGCAGAGGUGAAAACUAUGAAUUUAUGAGAUGCAGAAUGUUCUAUCCACCAAAUAACUUACCAACAGAAUAUAAAAUAUCAUAUGAAGCAUUACAGAACAGUAUUGUAGAUUGCACACUAGACAAGGGCUCAGCCCAUAAUAUAACGUUGAUGGCGAGAAAUAGUGGCAAAUGCAUUUAUUAUCCUUCCCAAGAAUUUCAUAAUUUUACUUUGAUAGCGACAAAUGUUUUAGGAGAAUACACGGAUAAAAUCUCCAUAAAUACCCAUAAGAGCGUCGUGCCGCCAAAAUUGCAAAUCAAUGUGGAAAAGAUAACCUCCGACAGCGUAUAUUUAUCUUGGAAAAACCGUAAGCAAGAUUAUUAUAAGGAUAUUGGAUUGGAAUAUAACAUUACCGUUGAACCGAAUGGCUACAAAAAAUACAAUUUAACUAAAACCCAUUUAACUGAGUACAGUGAAGUGUUGGCGUAUAAUUUCACACUCCCAAACCUUCCCUAUGCCAACUGGCAAUAUGUUUUGAGUGUAACAGCCCGUGUUAAUUGCAAUACAAGCGAAUGGAACGAACCAACCCUAGAGGUUUUCACAACCGCUCCGCGUAGACCCGAUCGUGCGCCACACACUUAUGUUGGUGGUUUCUACAUUAAUGAGAAAGACAUAACUCUAUAUUGGGAGGGUUUGGCAGAUUACGAGAGAAAUGGUGGAAAAUUCACUUACGUUAUUCAAGAAUUGGACAUGUAUGGACAAGAGUUAAAUUCAAAAGAAACCAAUAGCACAACAGUUGGCUUUAGCUGGUUUGAGACGGAUAGAAUUUAUAAAAUAUUCAGCAAAAAUGCAGUCGGUGCUUCAUCAAAUUCAAGCAUAAUACGAGUUGUCUCACCCAGAGAAUUAAGUCCGCCAUUAGAAAUUGAGAAGUUGUUUGAAAAUGGAACAUUCAUAUUAAAAUGGAAGCAUCCAGAUGACUACGAAAAGCAACCACCAAGCAACUAUACUGUAUUCUGGUGUAAACAAAUGAUUAGGAAGAAGACUCAGUGUAAUGGUUCCAUGCACUUCACAGUUGUAGAAAACACGAGAACCAAUUAUUCCAUACACGCGAAGGAUGAACCUAUAACGGCCGUGGCAGCCAACUAUCCACGCGGAAGUAGUGGACUUUAUUGGUCCAAUUGCUUUGCCGAAUUAAAUGCACCGUUAAAGCAGCUUAAACGACUUCAAGCUACCGUCGUGUCGGAGUCAAGCAUCGUUUUAAGUUGGGAAAAUCCAAAUUGUAUGAAUGUAUUCGAUGGCUACAAUAUAACCUAUUGCAUAUGGAACAACAACAUGGUGUCCAGUUGUCAUUCAGAGCUCGAAACAUCGACACAAAGUACAAGCUUCAUUUUAGCGAAUUUGAAAGCAUAUACAUUUUAUAAGAUCAGCAUACAGGUAUAUGGCGAUAAUCAUCGAAAGAGCCCGCCCAAUGAAAUGGAAAUAUGCCAAACCAAAGAAGCAGCACCUGAACCGCCAACUAAUCUAAAUUAUAUGAACGUAACAAGUCGUUCGGCGAAAAUUUCAUGGACGGCGCCGACCGAAACCCAUGGAUUGCUGAAAAUGUAUUAUAUUUGUUAUAAAAAAUUCAACGACAAAGACCCAAAAUGCAAUGAGACCACUGACAUGUCUUAUACAUUAAACGACCUAACCAGUGGAUCUGACUAUGAGGUAUGGCUAACGGCGUGGACAUCCAAGCAAUCAAUUAAGAGUGCAUCAGUGAAUAUCACCACCAUGAUUGGCAUACCAAUGUCACCGACCGAUGUAAUUCUAGAGCGAGACGAUGAUUAUUAUGUGCUCAGCUGGACUGCAGCUGAAAAUUCAGACGAUGAUAUGGUGUUCUACGAGCUAAUUUUUAAAUACAAUGAUCAAAGAAAAAUUUUAACGGUACAGCAGCAUGUACCAGGAAAAGAUAAUAAACUCGUGUGCCGCCUAAAAUAUCCCGGUUGCACGGAGGGCGUACAAAAUAUGAAAGUACGCACUAUCAAUGUGGUACCCGAAAAAGAUUUAGAUAUGAGCAUUUUUGCUAUCCCGGGCAAGGGAACGCAGCGAGAACUAGCGAAACUAGUCGAAUACAAAUAUAAAACGCACAUAGAUUUCAAGUGUGAAGAUGUUAAUGGAAUUCGGAUACCACAAUUACCCUAUAUGCCGAAUACCACAUAUUACAUGCUGAAAUCAAAACCAACGGAUUCAGGAUUCAAUUUCACUUGUACACCAUUCCCGUGGGAAAAUUUAGUGGCUUUGAUUACUUUCGUUAGCAUGUUCAUAGCGACCAUAGUUUGGUUUUUCAAGUAUUUGCAAGGACAAUGGGACAUUCAUUUUAUAUUCCCAGGACCGCUGACUACACUAAUGAGCAUGAGCUCAAAAUUAUCCACUGGCAUGGAGGAUAAUAAACCGGAAAAUAAUUCCAUUGUAUCGGCAAAAGCUAGCGAUGGUACAUCGCUAAACAAUAUUGGAAAGACGUCUGUACCCUCGUGUAGCAGUGAAAGUGGUGUCGAUGGCGUUGGCGACGCUGACAGUGACACACCGAGUACAAGUAGCGAAGAUGUCAAUAGGGAAUUUUCACGCUGUUGGGCGAAAAGCGAGCCGGCAUCGCCACAGACUACAAUAACUUUAAAUAGCCUUAGCUACUCUUCGCACCAACCAUCACCGUUGCGGUGUAAAAAGUCAUUUGACAAGCCCAUUUUCAAUAAUGAUGACUACUUACAAGUGGAACCAAUAGUACCAAUUAUUGCUAAUGACAGCAGCACAUCGAGCGAAUCUUCAUAUUUACACUUACAUUCAAUUAAAUCGAAGUCGAACUCGGCUUCGGAGAGUAGCGGUAACAAAGGAAGUUUUGGUGAUUAUGUUACAGCGGGCGAUAUCGCUGCAACAAUGACAACACCAACUGACGCUUUGCUCGACAAACAUGCAAAGAUGCCGCUUUUGCUACAAAUGACAAAUAAUAACAAUAAUAAUAAUAACAAUAUUAAUAAUAAUAUAUUCAAAACUGCGUCGCUGACUAACAAUUAUGUGCUACCAGACUCACUCCUCAAGUUGCCAACAGCGCACGGCGUAAGGAACUCCGUAAACCCACUGGAAGCAAAGCUCUCACAGGCGAAAGGUGCAACGGCGCAGGCACACCUCUUUCCAACGCUUGCGAUCGACGAUUAUGUGCGACCCGAUUCAUUACAUAAGUUGCCCACAGGACAUACCGCUUCUACACGGCAAGAUCACAACCAAACUGAUAAGCGAUUUCAACAACAAUUCCCACAAACUACAACCAUACCAACGCAGUCGGAUCUAUUUACAAAUUUAGCGCUUACAACAGGCGAUUAUGUGCUACCCGAUGAGUUGCCCAAGAUCGCUGCAUCACACUCCAUUAUGGUUGAAAACCAGAAAUCUUUAAUGCCACUACCGCAACAACACUCGCAAUUUAGUUUUACGCAAGCGCAACCCAAUAUUCUUAAAAAUAUGCCACUCACACACGGUGAUUAUGUACCACCCGAUACUUUAACCAAGUUUGCUGCUGCACAAAACGCCGCCAGUGACGCAGACAUUGACGACCAUACGCAGACGCCAGCGCAACAGCAAGUUCGACCAAUGGUUUCAUACGGCUAUGUUACGUCAGAUUUUUGGUCACAGCAAAAUGCAAUGAAAUGAAUUUGAACUCAUAAAGUUUCUAUGAAGUCGAGUCGUACAAUUUAACCAAAAAAAAAAAAAGUGAAAAGAUUUGCACACGCUAAGCUUACUUGUAAGAAUCCAAAAAUCAUAAUGGUACCAAGCAUUUUGCAUAUUUAUUGCUUAGUUGACUGCUAGCGAAAUUUUUACUAUCACGGCCAAAGGCUUAGGCGUUAUGUAGUUGUUGGUGAUUUACAUUUAAAAACUUUUUCGCGACUGAUUUACUGUUGUUAUUCGUAUAAGUGUGUGCGCAAGUGCUUGUAAGGUGUAUGGCAUGACAUGCAUUGUCGACUUACACACGAAUUUAGUAUGUGUCUAACUAAAUAAGUAAGUAAUAAAUUUACUAAGCGUAAGAAUAAAAGGCUAUAAUUUGUAGCGAUUCCCAGGUGGAGCAGAAUAA